GUUUCAACUACCUUUUAGCUGAGUCUCCAUCAAACACAAGAUACCAUAUAUAACCCUGUUAUAUUUUUACCCACAAGAAUGGAACUCAAUAAAGAUACUAUUGAAGCUUUAAAGAAGCGAAUAAUUGCAACUAAUACAAUACUUCAAAGCUUAAAAGUAGCUAAUGAAGAAUUGGAAAAACAUAAAACAACGAUUAACACACUAAACACCAAUUUGCAACAGAUUACACAACAAUCACAGGCUAACGAAAUUAAAUAUAACAACUCUCUGAAAGAAAUUGACUAUUGGAAACAAAAAGCAGAAACAAGUGAAACUUUACCAUCAGAUAAAGCCCUUAUUGAACAAUUAAAAGCAGACGUUGCUGCAAAAAAUAAGACUUUGUAUAACAAAACUUCAUAUAUAAAUCAACUUGAAGCAAAAUUAGUAAAAUUUCAGAAAAAUCAAGAGGGUGCUUCAUCCCUUUCUGGAAAGCCAGAUACAGGUUUAAAGAAAAAGAACGAAGAACUUAGUGCUCUUAAUAAACGAAUUGUUGCUCUUACCAAUGAAUUAAAUGUUGUAAAAUCAGAACUUAAUGAAACCAAGGCAGCCAAAGAACAAUUAGAAGAAGACAUUAUGGAGAUCAACAUUAAUAAUGACAUGAACGCUCAAUCACAACAAGAAGAAAUCGAUGAAUUAAAACAGAAAUUACAAAAUAAUAAGCUUUAUGAAGACAAUGAAGAAUUAAAAUCGAAACUUCAAGAUAAAACAAAUGAAAUUGCUAAUCUUAAAGAUUCACUUCGAUUAUUAACAGAGAAUAACAAACAAAAAGAUAUCUACCAGAAUCAAGCAAUUGAUAAAUAUAUGAAACAAAUUUCAGAACUCAAGUCACGUCUUAGUUCUGAAAAUACAUUGUAUUCUGAAAAUAAUAAGUUAAAGAAGCAAUUACGGCAAUUAGAAAUUGAAAAAGAAAAAAAGAAUGAAGAGUUAGAUGCUCAACUACAACAAGCACGAACUGAGACAGCCAACAUAAAUGAAGAAUUGGAGAAGGUCAAGCAAGAAUGUGUACAACUUAGAGCCAAAAUAAUCACAUCUCAAACUCGUAAAUCUCCUUCUAUAACAAAAUCUGUAAAGUCAACUCCUCCUACUAUAAACGCAGACAUCGUACAGCGUCUAUGCAAAUUACAAGGCGAAGCCAAGUAUUACAAAAAAGAAAAUGCUCAUCUAAGAGACGAAUUGAUGAAGUUACAUAUUGAAUUAGAAGCAGCUAAAAUGAAUACAGCCUCUGUAGAUUCUGCUUAUGGUCUUGAAGGUUCACCAAUGUAUAUUUCAUCUCUUAAUAAUAUGGAUGAUGAUUCCAUUGUCAUUUCUAGCCCUUUAGAGAAUGCUGCAGCACAACUUUUUCCUCCUUUAUCAGAGCCAACUCAUGUAUUAGACACUGAAAGAGCAGAAGCCACCGCAUCUACGGAAUUGGCCGUACAAAGUUCUAUAUCAGCAAACACAUCACUUGUAAGCUCCCCUAAGCAAAUAGGUUCACCAGUAGCACUAUCAAAUGCCACCUCUUCAGAAGCGAUAAAACCUAUACCAUCAGCAGCAAAAACAACUAGUAGUAUACCAAAUGUUGAUACUAAAAAGACUCCUGUAAAUAUGUCUGUUUCACAACUUAAUCCUAAUAUCAAUACAGCAUCCAUAACACCACUUGAUGCCAUUAUGCCUAAACUUUCUACUCUCAAUAACACAGAAUCAGGCAAACAAUUUAAUAAACGGGCUCAAAGAGGUAAAGCUAUGACUUCCAUUCCCAUGUCUUUAUCAAACACCUCUACUCCUCCAGUAACUGCAGUACGCUCUAUAGCAACAGUAAAUGCACCACUACCAGCGGCAACGACAAGCCGUAAAAUGGCAGCAGCUGGUAAACGUAAAGAGAGCAGAUUAAUGAAAUUUGUAAAUUCAAGGGAUCCAGCUAAAUUCCUUAGUCAAAAAAGAGAAGUAGCUUCGAAAAAGACUGGACAAACCUCUAAAAAACGUGAUAGUUCGCAAAUUACAAAUUCUGUUAUUGCUGCUCAAGAAGCGAUGCACAAGAGACAAAAAGCUGAUUUUCCCAUUAUGUAUGAUUUUCAACACAUGUGCUUUGAUCAGCGAAAAUUACCAGAAGCUUCAUUUUUUAAUGACAAAGCGGAACCUAUUAUGAAUGAAUUAGUCACCUUCCAAAAAAACUGUAGUUCUGAUCCAUAUUUUGAAAUUGUACAGUUUGAACAAUUUGGCGUUGAAGAUGUCUUGACUAUAGAGGUCUUUACAGGAAUGAAUUCAUAUGAAAAGUUGUUUGCUCUUUUAGUUGUAAGAAUGGGUCAUGUAAAUUUUUCAGAAUACAUAAAAUUUAUGAAAAUACUAACACAUAUGAUUCUUAACUAUGAAACAACCGAAGUACUUGAUAGUCAUUUAUUACGAUACAUUCGACUUGCAACUAUUAUUAUCAAAUCUGUUAAUUGUGAUGCUGAGCAACUUCGAUUAAUUAUCACAGAGUUAUUAAAGUCGAAAAUUCCACAAAGUAACAUACUUGGUGCUUUAGUUAACGUGGGAUAUGUAUGGAAGGAAGUAUUUUUGAUACAAGAGAAUGAAAUGGUAACUGUUUCUUUUAAACUUUGGGAAGAUGCUUUCCAAGCUUGUUUAAUCACAGUCGUGCAAAAGUAUUAUACGAACAAUCAAGUUAAAGAAUUAUAUGAAAAAAUUGUUAGCCUAUUCGAAUGGAAGUCUAUUCCUCCUAAAGUGAAUGAAAUUUUGGAUAGAAGUUUAGAACUUUUAUCGAAAGAAGAUGUAGUGAGGAUGUAUGAGUUAGAUAAAGUUACUUUUGAGCACUUUAAAUACAAUUUAAUAAAGUCUCUUGAAAUAACAUUUGUGACAAUUGGUAGCUGGCAAGAAACAUACGAUAUCUUUAUUAGAACUAAACUCUGGCCACUCUUGCGUGUGAAGGUUGCAGAUGCUAUUUGUAUAGAAUUAUUAGGUGUGUUAGGAUCUUUAGGUGUCUCUAAAGAGAAAAACAAGAAAGAUGAACCAGGAGUUUUAAUACUUAUUAACACUUUAGUUCAAAUCAUUGAAAUGGGUGCCUCAAUCGAACUAGAGGAUAAACGUUUACAGUUUGCAGCAUGUAAAGCAUUACUAUCUCUUGUAGCAAAUUCAAAUCAAAAGUACAUAGAAUAUGCUAAACCUGCCAUGAAAUUUAUAAAUAGCUUGUAGAAAUGUAUGAUGAUGAAAGAGGAUUUAAAAGUAAUUCUUAUUAGUUGUUACUGAUUAUGUAAUAGUAACAAAUGUAUAUACAUAAAUACUG